UCUGUCUCUCUCUGUCUGCCCUGCACAGACAAGUUGUGCUUCAACAGCUUCUUCCACAACGAGGACAUGCAGGAGAUCACCAAGCACUUUGUGGUGUGUCAUGUGGAUGCUCCUGGACAGCAGAUCGGAGCCUCUCAGAUGCCACAGGGGUACCAGUACCCCACCAUGGACCAGCUGGCAGGCAUGCUGCCCAGUGUAGUGCAGCACUUUGGAUUCAAGAGCAUUGUGGGCAUUGGAGUUGGGGCUGGCGCCUACAUCCUGGCCAAAUUUGCUCUGAUCUUCCCUGAUCUGGUGGAGGGCCUGGUGCUGCUCAACAUCGACCCCAACGGGAAGGGCUGGAUCGACUGGGCCACCGGCAAGCUCUCUGGGCUCACCAGUGCUCUUCCAGACACAGUCCUGCCCCACCUCUUUAGCCAGGAGGAGCUGAUGAACAACACAGAGCUGGUCCAGAGUUACCGUCAACAGAUCAACAACACCAUCAACCAGGUCAACCUGCAGCUCUUCUGGAACAUGUACAACAGCCGUAGGGAUCUGGAGAUGAACCGCUCUGGGACCAUCAUCAAUGCCAAGACCCUGAAGUGCCCUGUCAUGCUUGUUGUUGGUGACAACGCUCCAGCUGAGGAGGGAGUGGUUGAAUGUAAUUCCAAACUUGACCCGACCAACACCACCUUCUUAAAGAUGGCUGACUCWGGUGGACUUCCUCAGCUCACACAGCCUGGAAAACUGUCCGAAGCAUUCAAGUACUUCCUUCAGGGGAUGGGCUACAUUGCGUAUGUGAAGGAUCGGAGGUUGAGUGGAGGGCCAGUGCCCUCUGCCAGUAUGACCCGUCUGGCACGCUCCCGGACGGCCUCGCUGACCAGUGGCAGCUCCAUUGAGAGCUCUCGUAUCCGCGGUUUUACACACACUGACAGCAACGAGGGCCAGGUCAGCCAUACCAUGGAGGUGUCCUGCUGAACCCUCAAACACACAUACACGUAGAUAAACAGACAGACAGAAUGAUGUUGGUUGAAGAGAGAUGAGUUUCUACUUUGAAAUUGUUAGUGCAGGAUGUUAUCUCUAUUUGUCUUUGUAUUAUCUUUCCCAAAGUCCCUCAGUAUUUGACAUCUUUUGCCACCCCCUCCCCUCACUGUAAAAUGACACCAAUGUAUUACUCUCCCCCCUUAAACUUAAGAAACAGUUUUGGUUUUCUUGAAUUGUCGUUUGUUUUGCUCAGUGUCUCAUCCCCCUUCAUUUUCCCCUGCUCCCCCAGCCCUCCACCUGCGCCCGCCCUCCUACACUCAGACACAUAGCCUCAUCUGCCCCCUCCCACACUCAUCCGCUUGCCUGCCGACAGUUUCUGUGAGGUGGUCAAUGAUGGUAGUUAAGUGGGUUGUGGUCAGUGAGGAUGGUUGGUCACUGGGGAAAAGACAUACAGGACAUUAUGUAUUAGGUUGCUCUAUUCUUGCUCUUUGUCUGGGAAGUUCAAGAUUUGACAGAAAGCAGCACACAGCCUUAUAUUUCAGAGGGGUUUUAUAUCACACUGUGGAGGAUGUAUCUGUGUGACAGCUACUAGAUCAGUAUUCCCACUCCACAUCCCACGCAUGGCGUUUUCCCAUUGAUUGUCAUAAAGAAGCAUAAAUACAUGUAGUGUGAUUCUAUACCCAUGUAGCCCACGUGAUUCCACUCACCUGCAUUGGUAGGAGCAUCCACCCUAUAGGCAGUGUGACCACGGUCAUUUCCAGCUCCCUAAAAUGGAAGUAGUUCUGCCGAGGAUCGGUUCUUAGUGGUCUCCCAAAUGACAAUCACACGUUGACCCAAACCAAACCAGACCUAGGAGCCGAGGAAGAACCUGUUAGAUCUGAGAUGUUCUUCUCUCAGGUCAGAUAUACCAAAUCUACACACACACACUAACCUACGACGGCUGGGCUCUGUAAGGGGACCGAUUGAAAUGACAUCGGCACAGAAGCACAAAACGUACACAAACGCAUGCGUGCACAAACCUACGCACACACGCAAACACUAUCAAUGUGUCACAGUAAAUGUGUUUUCACAAAACAAAAGUUAAUGUGUUUACAUACCCAUAUGCAUAACUCACAUAGAGAACCAACAUCCUAACAUCCCACAGACCUCUUUUUCCCCCCRUGAUGUUGAGCUGAAAUACUGGUCGUUGUUAAUGGAGAGGAGUGUGCUGCUAGCUGCUGUGAUGGACUACCCAUCGAGUUAAGCUAGUCCUAUGAGGAGGAACUGUUGUCCCUGACAAUUUGCACAGUAAUGUCUUUCUACAUUCUAUUUGCAUUCCUUAUUCUCAGUAAAAACAUCUCCCUAUUCUCUAUUUGAAUGUCAAUCUCUGCAUCCCCGACAAGGGUGAGGUAGGAUAACUACUACUGCAGGGUGCUUCCUGGGACCGUCUGUAAGGGACGGGACUUUUUUGGAGCCCAUUGCUCAAAGCUAGGAAUGUAGGGAAAUCCCACCCCCAACCACAAGAUGCCCUGCCCUUUACAGAUACGUCCAGUCGCCCCAAAAGGGCUAUCAGCUGAGGUCACUUUUCAGUUCAUAGUGUUGCCUAGCAACAGUGCACCAACGUGCAACGGUCCCCAAGGGGUACACAGCAACGAUUU